UGAUGUCUUUGGUUUAAUUCUGUAACUUAACUGUUGUUCAUGCUAGUUUCAGUCCACGAUUCGUUUAAUGUUUUAAUAACUAAAUUUGCAUUACAAAAUGUAUUGGAAUCCCGAUUAUUUGGAUGAUGAAGACCAAGAAGUGUCUUUUGGAGGCAGAGAAGGAAUCUUGGCACUGAUCGACUGUGCCGGUUAUAUGUUUUGCGAAAAUUCAGCUGGAAUUAGUCCUUUCAAGGAAUCGUUGGAAUUAGUUGAAGCUAUGAUGAGAAACAAAAUCGUUAGUAGCGAGAAGGAUUUGAUGGGAAUCGUGUUUUACAAUACAAAACAUAGUCCGCUUCCACCUAGCGAUACAAACUUCGAAACUGGACUUGUUGUGCCGAAGCAAACCGCUGUUUUUAUGCCGCUUUCUGUUCUAUCAGCUAACUCUAUUCGAAUGGUUUCAAAUUUACGAGAAUCAGAUGAUUGUUUUGAUUUCAAUUGUAAAUUUGGACAUUCGCAGGACAGCAAUCUGGCAGAUGUAUUAUGGAUUUGCUCUAGAAUGUUUACCAGAUGCGGCUACAAACUAGAACAAGCAAGCGUCGUACUAUUCACAACUAACGACGAACCACAUCCCGCUGGAAGCUACGAAUAUCAGCAAAGUUUUGUCAAAGCGAAGGAUUUGCAACAACUUGACGUUAAUGUAAUUCUAGUUCCGUUGUCUGACAGAUUCGAUGGGACUAAGUUUUAUCAAGAAUUCCUUUGCACAAUUGGAAAUGAAAAUCUCGAUAAUUUUAAAUUUCCGCAAUAUCAACAGUCCCGCGAACGCUUAUUAACGAGAAUUUUUCGAAGAGAUUUCAAGAAAAAAUCACUUUCACAUUUGAAUUUUUUUCUUGCCGAGGACGUUGCAAUAGGAGUGAAUAUUUAUUCUCUUACAAGAAAGCAACAUUUACCCAAAAAAGUCACGCUUUUGAGAGAUUCAAAUGAUGUUGUUAUAUCCAAACGAUCGUAUCAAGUUGUAUCAGUGGAAGAGAACAGUGAGAAUACUAUUUGUACACCUUUACUACCAGGCGACCAGAGAAAAGUUCAAACAAUAGGAGGCGAAAAAAUAACGUUUACCGUUAACGAGAUUGCAAAUAUGAAACAAUUGAUACAACCUGGUUUACAAUUGUUAGGCUUCAAACCACUUUCGAAAUUAUGUCUCGCUAAUCAUAUACGAAGUUCUCUAUUUUUGUAUCCGGAUGAAAACGGUGUUUCUGGUUCAACUCUGCUUUUUCGAGCACUUUAUGAAAAGUGUAUAGAAAAACAAAAGGCUAUUUAUUGCAUUCUGACCAUGAGACGAAAACAACCCUCAAAAUUGGUUGCAUUGGUUCCCCAAGAUUGUUGUUACGACGAUGAUGGUGAGCCAUACAGGCACAAUGGAUUCAGGAUUCAGUUUAUCCCAUAUGCUGCUGAUGUUAGAAAUUUGAAAGUAUUUGAGCGAACUUCGCCACUGCUGUCCCACGAUCAAAUCAAUGUUUUCAAAUCAGUAUCAAAGAAGAUCAGGUUCAAAUACCAUCCUUCACAAUUCGAAAAUCCAGUCUUGACGACGAUCUACACCAACAUAGAAGCACUGCUGAUUGGAAAACAUGAUCUGGAGGUCUAUGACGCAACUAAACCGGAUAAUGACCGGAUUGAUGCGAAGGUUAAUCAGUUCGUUAGUUCAAUCAAUGACAUGUUCGGAGAGGAUGGAGAUAGUGCAUCGAAGAAACGUGCUAAGGCAUCUAGCGAAGCUGGAUCAAAUUCCAAGAUUCCCCGAUUGAUGUCAGAUGUUAACCCUGAAUUAAUUAUUGAAUCGAUAAGAUGCGGAAAGACUGGACCUCUUCAUGUAGGUACCUUGCGGGAUUAUUCACGGAUGCUAGGCAUUGAAGGAUCGUCAAAACUAUCGAAAGCAUCUUUAAUUGAAAGUUUGAAAAAGCAUCAUGGUCUAUAAAACUUGCAUAAUUUGUAUUUCUCAUUUACAUAUAUAAAAUACUUUACAUACAUUGAACUCAA